AUGGAUAUAUCAAAUGAAUUAAAUUUUUCUAAUAAACCUACUAGUGAUAAAAAUAAAGAUUCUACUGAAGAUAUUAGUCUUAAUUUAACUUUUUUAUCUUGGAAAGAAGCUGAAUUAUUUCUUAAGAAAUAUUAA